CCUCAUUCUCUGGUCAUUUUGACAUUAAAAUCAGAGAUAAAAUAAACAUUACAAAUCCUUGAAUGACAUGUUGGUUUCCACGUAAACGUAUUUGAAGAGCAAAAAACAUCUAUUGUCAAAACUUCUUUUGAUGCAGUAAGUGAUAUACAACAUACAACAGAUAUGGUAUCCAGUUGGCAAGUUAUAACUGCUCCUGCUAUAGCUUAUGCUGUAUAUAGAAUAGUCAAAUGGUUUAUAUACUUCCGAUCAUACAGGGCUAUAUUUCAUAAAUGUCCAGGAGAAACAGAAUUCCAUUGGUUGUAUGGAACAGUGCACCUGUACCCAGGACCUAAUGAAGCAGGUCUGCAAUAUGACAGAGAUUUACCAAAAAGGUUUCCUAAGUUUAACAGAAUUUGGCUGGGACCUUUCAUACCACUGAUCAUUUUGUAUCAUCCUGAUACUGUACGGAGUAUUUUAAAAAUAUCAGCACCAAAACCAAGAGGUCAGUUCACCUCUAGUGUAUAUGAUAUGGCAUUACCCUGGCUUGGAGAAGGAUUAUUGAUUAGUAACAAUGAACGUUGGGCUAGAAACAGACGUCUUCUUACACCAGGAUUUCAUUUUGAUAUUCUUCGUCCUUAUGUAAAUAUAUAUAAUACAGCUGUAGAAAUACUUAUAGACAAGAUUUCUACUACCGCAAAAAAAGGAGAAACAUUUGAGGUUUUUGAUGCAAUGAGUUUAUUAACAUUGGAUAUUAUAUUGAAGUGUGCUUUUUCCUAUGAAAGCCAGUGUCAGGUACAAGGGUAUAAUAUGGCAUAUGUAACUGCUGUAAAGGAACUUCAAGAUAUAUGGGUAGCCAGAUCAUUGAAACCAUGGUUACACAUGGAUUGGGCGUUUAAAUUAACACAAGAUGGAAAAAAGUUUUAUAAACACUGUGAUUAUGUUCACAGUGUUACAGAAGAUCUAAUUGACAAACGAAGGAAAUUUAUGGAUAGCUCAAAAAAUAAUUCUGAACAAUUGAAGGAAAAAAAACAUCUGGAUUUUUUGGAUAUAUUAUUAACAGCUAAAGAUGAAGAUGGAAAGGGAUUAACACCAUAUGAAAUAAGAAGUGAAGCGGAUACAUUUUUAUUUGAAGGGCAUGAUACAACAACUAGUGCUAUAUCAUGGACAUUAUACAGUUUGGCUGAACAUCCACAUUUUCAAAAACAAGUACAAGACGAAGUUGACGAGAUUCUAAAAGAUAGAGAUUCAUCUAACAUUCAGUUCGAAGAUCUACCAAAAUUGGUAUUUUUGGGACAAUGUAUAAAAGAAGGUCUCCGUCUGCAUACUCCCGUUACAUUCAUUGAGAGAGAACUGAAAGAGGAACUGGAUCUAGAGGGCCAUAUAAUUCCUCCAGGAACUAUGGUAGCUAUGCAAAUUUAUGCCUUACACCAUAACUUUAAGGUAUGGGAUGAUCCAAUGGUAUUCAAACCUGAACGAUUUUCAUCCGAAAAUAUCAAAGAUAUGGACCCGUUUGCUUUUAUACCAUUUUCAGCAGGGUUACGAAAUUGUAUUGGUCAGAAUUUUGCUAUGCAUGAAAUGAAAGUUGUUAUUGCUCGAAUUCUUCACAGUUUUACACUGUCACUGGAUCCUAACUGGGAGGUGAAGAAAGCCCCACGAGCAGUGAUGAAAUCUGUAAAUGGUAUCAAAAUGUUUGCAACGAAGAGGACCUAGUUCAAUCUGAUUAAAAUACAGAUCUAUAUUUCGUUUCUUCUUUUAUACUUUUCAUGGCCUCUACUACAUGAAAAUCUAACCGUUUGUAGUGGAAGGUCGUGUCAGGUGUCAUACGAGUGGCUUUUAAAGCCCUAUGAUAUCGGACAUUCGAGAUCCUAGUCUAGUGAAGGCAAGUAAAACAAAAUUUUUGAACUAUAAAAAAAAAAACGAAACGAAAUAGAAUCUGUGUUGUAAUCAGAUUUGAUCUAGUUAGACAAGAAACUUAAGUCCUCCACAACUACAGGCAGUCAAAUAUUAUAUUAACAAAAUGUGUUUAAAAAGUAGUGAUUUUGAUAUGAGUGAGAAUUUAUUGAGAAAUUGUUACAUUAAUUAUGAUAAACCUAUUGAUAUUAGCAUGAAGAAGAGGUGGUGGCCGUGAUUAGAAUGAACCAGGCAUCAAAUCUUGGCAUCAGCCGUGAAGAAGCCUGGAAAUAUUUUCAAAUAUAGCAAUAAUAAGAAAAGUAUUGCCUAGUCAUUAGGAUAUGACGAAAAACCUGACCUCAAGUUAAGAAUUUACAAAAAAUUGUUCGCUUUAUUUUAACUAAAAUAUAGCCCUUUAUAAAACUUUUGUUGUUUUAAUGUAUCAAAUACAUCAAUAAGAAACUAUUUUUUUCUGCCAACUGAAAUAUUUUAUCUGCCAAACACAUUUGAUAAAAAAGACAACAUGUAACAAUUUUAUUUCUCAGUAAGGCUUAUAGUAAAAACCGUAUCUUUACAUAAUACAUUAGUUCACUUCCGAGAUGAUUUAUUUAGAUCAGAUUUUAUUUUUGGUGGAUGGAGUCUGCUUGCACACCAUAUUACACAAUGUAUUUUCAGUAUUUACACAUCAAAUCUCAUCCAAGGAUAGCCAAUUUUCUAUAAAUUUAUGUUUUGCGUGCACAAUAGGCUUAUUGUUAUUUUCAGGUACCGUAAAGGUAUCAUAAUCUGAAACCCUGAUAGAAUGAUUUCAAGUCCGAUCUUAUUUGUAAGAGAUGCUUACAAUUAUACUCUAUAAUCUUUAGAGCAUUUUGGUGUUGGUAAUAUGAAGCAAAUGGCGGACCGCUUUCUCAUUCAAGAAUCGUCGCUAUUUGACUCGUUGUUACAUUUCCGACCAAUGGUGAUAAUAUAAUUUGAAAUAAUAAUAUUCGACUAGAUAUGCUUGUAUUUUUACAUGCCGUAUGAUGCCACAGUUGGCAGUUCUCACUAUAAUAGUUAAAAACUAGAUAAUGUAAAGGCAAUUUGCUGAAAAUUUCAUUCAAAUUGAUCCACUAUGAAACGAGAACUAAGCCGUUGAAAUUUCCGGCUAGCCUUGAUCAUCAUUACUAAAGUCAGUACGAUAAACAGUUUAGUCUUGAUUAUCCAUUUAAUCGUUAAAUCCUUAAGGAAAGUUAUGCAGUAAAUCGACUCAUAAUCCACUAAAGAUCAUAGGCUAGUGAUGCCAUCUAGAGUUGAUUAUGGUCUGGAUAGUGGAUAGGUUAAUUAAUGUCUAAUUAUAAAUAGUUUAGAUAACAUUUCAGGCCUAAAGAUAGAUCUGCAAUAGGCAGAUUUAGCUCUUGCAUAAUGUAUGUUUAAAUAUUCGGAGUAAAUGACAACUUCAGAUAGGCUUUGUAUAUAUCAUUGGCAAUUAUCAAUGAACUAAUCCGAGACAAUUGGUUAGCAUUACUUAUUGACACAAUCCAGAAUAUCAGGGAGUUGAUUAAUUUAUAGUAUUCCACCAGGUGAUUGUGAUUGACACUCAAUGUAAAGAUUAAUCUAGGAUAUAAUAAUUUUAAGAUUUUUUUCUUCCUGUUGUGUUCCCAAAAAGAAUCACCAGUACCCCAAAAUGUUAUCGCCAAAAUUAUCGCCAAAUUCAAAUUUUAAUCACCACUUUCAUAUUUUUAUCGCAAAUUGCCAAUUUGACAACCGACAGCGUGAGCCCUGAGUGGGAAAGACCUGGUCGGACACAAUGUCUCUUACUUCAUUCCUUCAUAUCAUGUUUUUAUAAGUAUUUUUAGAAUUCUUUAUUCGAGUAUUAUACACACUUGUUUUUCCAAAUAAAAGAUAAGCUCAUUUUUGUAUAAUGGUGAUUUUGACAGAUUUUUUAUGAUACAAAAUUGCGAACUAUGCAAAAAAAAUUUAUUAAAAUUUGAAUCUGUUAUAUUGUUUUUGUACUAAGGAUAUAAUUUAUCUAUAUUAACAAGCUCAAUAUCAUACUUUACUUAAAAGCUUCAACAUCAUUUGUGUCUGGGUUCUAUUAAAUCUAGAUUACUGAAGAGGUUUCAGGAUGCCAAAAAUGAAACGAAAAAGAGAAAAUGAAAAAAUAUACGCCUGAAGUUUAUUAAAUCUAGAUUACUGAAGAGGCUUCAGGAUGCCAAAAAUGAAACAAAAAAUAGAAAAUGAAAAAAUAUACGCCUGAAGUUUAUUAAAGUUGUUUUGUUUUAAAAACCUGACUAUAUGUAUGGUUUAAUGGUUGAGAGCGAGACAUUAAGUAAUAUAUUGAUACUGCACGAGGUGUUAGCUGAGUGUUGUUUCAAUAUAUUACGCAAUGUCUUUAGCUCGAGACCAUUCAACAACUUAAAAUACAGACACUAUCUCGCACAUGCUUUUCAAUGAAAUACGUCACAUGAGUCCAAUAUUUCAUUAAGUAUAGAUAAUGUACGAUUGGCAAGUUGCCUGUACAUUAUUGGAAAUAAUGAUAGGCCUACGCCAACAUCAAAGGAUGACGUCACAUCUGUAUUUUAAUUCUACUUAGUUCAAAAAAUCUAUGUGGGCAAGGUUAACUUUUUGUUAACCGAUUCUGGUGUGAUGACACUAUGUAGAGGCCAAAAGAAUGAUUUCUAAAAUGUACACAAUAAUUUUCUUGCCACACUGAUUUUGUUUUAUUCAGGGCAUUUUAGGGAUGGUUUUAUUAAUGUUUGAAUGUAAUUUUAUAUUAAUUAUAUUGUUGUUUCUGCAUCAUGGACAUGAUGAUCGGUUUCUUUGUGGUGACUCCUGAUUUGAUUUGAUUUGAUAGUCACACCUUUUGGCAAUGUUCACCAAAUGACAAUGACAAUUUCGUCACAUCAGAAAAAAAAACAAUAGUUUCAACUUUCAACAUUGAAUUGAAAGGAGGUUGCGUCAACCCAUGUCUACCAAUUGCAUCAUGGCGCGACCACACGAAAACUAUGGCAAGUUGACACCAUUUUAUAAGAAUUUUUAGAAAUCAAUGCUUGUGUUAUUUAAGAGCGAACCAACACAUCCAAAUUGUCAAUUUUGAACGUCAUUUUCUUCUUUCAUCACCAUGUUGGUUGCUGUGCUUAGCAUGAUGUUAUUUGUAAAUGAUGUUGUCAUGCUAGGUGGACAAUUGGGUAAAUUAGAUUGAAGUUCUUGUUGUCACUGUCACAUCUGGUGGACACAGUUUGUAAUUAUAUACUAUUGCUCCGAGGGGGAUUGGGUGGUUUAACGUGUGUGCUUUAGAUCAUAAGAUCUGUCAUAGAGUCAAGUGGCGUGGUUAAGAUUGCCCACUUGUUUGCCUCUCCUACCUCGUGAGAUUUCUCUGGUCCUCCGGUUUCCUCUUACUACUAAAGACCCCUACAUUCAAGCGAAUAAAAUUGAACCAUAUGGUGGUCCAGACAUGACCUAGUUUGUGUCAAUUGGACAUUAAACCCUAUUUCUCUUUCUCUCUAUAUUGAUCCGGAACAGAACCAUCUCCUUUGAAGUUAUCGUUUUUAUUGUCCCAUCCAGUGAACAUGGGCCAUAAUCAUAAACUGUCUAUGGUUCGGGAAUAGGAACCAAUGAACCAUAGUCUUGUGUAGAGUGGACGUUAAACCCUAUUUCUCUUUCUCUCUAUAUUGUUCUAGAGCAGAACCAUCUCGUUUGAAGUUCUUGUUUUUAUUGUCCCAACCAGUGAAUAUGGGUCAUAAUCAUAAACUGUCUAUGGUUCAGGAAUAGAAACCCAUGAACCAUUCCCUUUCUCAAAGUUCUCGUUUCAUUGUCGCAUCGAGUGGACAUAUGCCAUAUUUACCACUUGUCCAUGGUUCGGGAAUAGAAACAGAUGAACCAUCUCCUUUAAUUGUUUGGAGAGUUUUAGUCAAUCAGGAAAAUCUAUGAUUCAAUUUAUGCCUAAAAUUUUUACUUUUUCUUUUAUAUUAUAUAUUGUCUAGAUUGUAUUUUUAUUUAUUUUAUGUUUUAGAAUUAUUUCAUUGUUUGUUAAUUUUUGAAAAUCAUUAAAUAAUGAAUAUUUAUCUU